AUGGGCGAGGCGGUGGCCAGGGUGGCCAGGAAGGUGAACCAUACGGUGGAGAACAAGACGGAUUCCCUGGAUCUGGCCAACUGCAAGCUGAUGAACUUCCCUGUUGGCAUCUACAAAGCCAUGAGGAGUGUCACCGAGGGCAUCCAGCGCAUCUCCCUGGCAAACAAUGAGCUCAAGUCCAUCACCAGCCGAUUUGUCACCACCUUCAGCCAGCUCAGAGAGCUCAACCUGGCAGGGAACUACCUGCACCGACUGCCUGAGGAGAUCACAUCCCUGCGGCACCUCCAGGCCAUUGACCUCUCCCGCAACAGAUUCCGGCGCUUCCCGGAGCCCUUGGCCACUGUCCCUGCCCUGGAGACCAUUGAUCUGGAAGAGAAUGAGAUCACAGAGGUGCCAACAGAGAAGUUGGCCUCCAUGGCAUCACUGCGGAGCCUCAACCUGCGUGACAACCCCGUGGGCCCCGAGGUGCGACUGCUGGUCCGGCCCCUCGUUCCCUUCGACCUGCUGCUGUCACCAGAGAAGUCCAGCCCCAAGGCCUGA